CUCAAUUUUCUUGAAAUCUUUCUCAACAAUCUCUGCAAUUCUGCCCUAACAGCAGGAUAAAGUUUUAAUUUUUUUUUUAAAAAAAAUUGAAUAAGAAUUUUUUAUCUUGCGGUUGGACCCCCCACUGAAUCACUUAAGAAUGAAACCUGUAUUGAUCUCAAGGGCUCACCUGCCUUUUUUCUUCUCUUUAAUGUCUCAAUAUCAUCUUUUACCUACAAAACCAUCCAUGGAAGCUCUACAGUCCCGUCCACUAUUAUCUCUCUCCCCAUUUCCUUCCAAAAUAUAAGAAGAAGAAGAAGAGAGGAGAAACCCAUCGGCGUAGAUGGGAAACUGCCUGUUCGGAGGCUUAGGAGAGCCUCCCGCCGGUGAUCACAGCGGCGGCGGCGGCAACGGCUUUGGCAUGAUAAAAGUCAUAACAUCCAACGGUGGUAUAAUGGAGUUCUCCUCUCCGGUAACAACCGGAUGCAUCACCGACGAGCUCCCCGGCCACGCCAUCUUCCGAAGCCACGAUCUGUUCUGGAAACCUCUAUGUCACCGCGAAGAGCUGGUCCCCGGCAAAUCCUACUACCUGCUUCCGAUCGGUCAGAGCUAUGAUAACGUUGUCAGACAGGGUCAUAUCCGAUCAAACAGCGCCAUACCCACCACCUCGCUCGUUGCUCCCUACAGGAUGUCCUUAGAUUAUCAGGGUACCUUAAAAAGAUCCUACACUGAAAUUUUCUCCCGCGAAAACAAUAAGUACUUGAAGAAUAAUGGAUUUUGGAAAGUGAAGCUCGUGAUUAGUCCGGAGCAGUUGGCGGAGAUUCUGUCGCAGGAGACGAGAACCCAAGAGUUGAUUGAGAGUGUGAGGACUGUCGCUAAAUGCGGGAACGUGCCGGUGUCGUCGUCGUCGUCGUCGUCCAUGGCGUUUUCCGAUCAGUGGAGUUUGUCAAGCAGUAGAAAUGAGUCCUGUAAGAAAGAUGAUUUUUCGUUGUUAGAUUUCUAGCAGGUGGUAGGAUCUCCAUUGAUUAAGCUUGUAAUACUCUCUUGAGUUUUC